AAUAAAUUCUUGAAUAAAACACAUGUUAGAACAUACUAUUAAGGCAAUUUCAGAUAAUUAUAUUUAAAUUGGCUAGUGUCAAAGAUUGCCCAUCUUCUAAAGAUGAAAAUAAAGUAUAUUGAAUUCUUCUAGGUUAGCAUAUAUAUAGAUUGAUGAAUGGAUAAUUGAAGAAAUACUAACACAGGAAACCCAAGCAAUAGAGGAUGAUUUGUCUUUGAUUUAAGAACGAGGUCUUAAUAAAUGAAUUAGGCAGGCAUGAGACUAAUGAACACCUUUAUGAUCUUAUAAUAAAGAAUAGUAUUCAAAUUGUUCUUAUUAUAGAGAUAUUGAACCCAGAACUUUGGUUCAUAGAUAAUUUUUUCGAGAAAGCAGAUAAAUUGGACAUAUAGAACUUUUACAACUAGUAAUAAACAGAUUCAGAUUGCUUUACUUAUAUGAAGUUGGGUAAUUAUGUUUGGUUUAUUAUAAAGGCUUCAUUGGCUCUAGAAAACAAGCAAAAAACUUUUUAGGAAAGCAUAGUCAAUAAAGUCAUCUAUGCAAAUUUUCCAGAUUCUAUUCCUAAAAUUCUGUCUUGUAAUUUCAGAUCUCAUUUUUUUCUUAACUUAAACUAUCAUUUAUAAGAAUUUAUUCAUAAUAUAGGAUGCAAUUAGCUAACUUACUAAAAUAAAUGCUUAAAAAACUUUGCCAUUAAUAUUUUGAAAUCCUGUGUACAUUAUAAUUUGUCAUUCUAUCAAGUGUUGCUUCAAUUUUUUAAGUUGUGAUUUAGUACAUGACAUUUUAAAAAUUAUUUAAUGAGACAAUAUAAAUAUUUUUAUAGUAUUUUAAAUUGAUGGCCAGUCAGUUUUUUAAGAGAAAGUUUGAAUUUUCGACAACUGAUUUAAGUUGA